UCUCUCCGGUCCGAAGAGAAACGGAGGGACAAAAACAGGCGAGAACCCGGACAGAGUGAAGAGGGCCAACCCGCCCGUCUGUCUGUCUGCCUGUCUGUCUCCUGCCUGCCUGUCUCCUGUCUCCUGUCUUCUGUCUUCUGUGUGAGUGCGUGAGAGCCGCAGAAGAAGAGGAGGAAGAAGAAGUCGGGAGUUGGCUCUACUUUUCCCUCUCGCUCCGGAGGGGCUCGGUGUGAAAAUGGAGCGGACCAGAACUUUCCUGAUCUCCGCGUCCCUCGCGCUGGUUUCACUGGGACUAACGGGCGCGUGGGCGGACACCUUCAAAGCCUGUCUGUCUGAUCAGGGCCCAGACUGCGCUCUGGUCCAGUCCAAAGAGGACGAUUUUGAUUGGGAGCAAGGAGACACCAGAGAGAGACCGGCCAGCAACCCCUGGAUCCCUGCAGGCUCCUCCUUCCUGUUUGUGAACACGUCGGGUCGGUACGGAGGUCAGCGCGCUCGCCUGCUGCUGCCCCCCCUCAAAGAGAAUGACACGCACUGCGUCAGCUUCCUGUUUUACCAGGCAGGGGGAAGCGAGGGCAGCCCCCCCGCAAGCCUCAACGUCUACAUUAAAGAGAAUAAUAGUCCCCUCGGAGUUCCUGUGUUCAACUCAUCAGGCCCUGUCUACCACAUCUGGAAAGGGGUGGAGCUAGCAGUGUCCACCUUCUGGCCCAAUUACUACCAGGUGGUGUUCGAGGCGGUCAGCACUGGUCGCAAAGGGGUUCUGGCCAUCAAGGACAUCGUGCUGCAGGGACACCAGUGCAUGAGCACCCCACACUUCCUGCACAUUAAAGGCGUGGAGGUAAACGCCAGACAGACGGCGGCGUUUCACUGCACCGUCAACGGGAGACCUCAAAGCCACCUGCUGCUCCACCUCCAGGGGAUGGGCGGUCGCCAGGCGGUUGUCAGGGAAACGAAACCGGUAAACUCUCGGCGUUACGUGGCGAGCUUCGACGUGGAGAACACAACUAAAGGCGACUCUGGACGCUAUCGCUGCAUCGCCCAAUCAGAGAAAGGCAUUGCCGUAUCCUCCUACGCUGACCUCACAGUCAAAGAGCCCCCAGUACCGAUCGCCCCUCCCCAGCUGACGGCGGUGGGUGCCACCUAUCUGUGGAUCCAACUUAACGCCAACUCGAUCAAUGGAGACGGGCCGAUCGUUGAGAGAGAGGUGGAGUACCGGACGAUGUCGGGCAUGCUGAUCGACACCACGCCCGUCGAUAAGCCCACUCAUAAGAUUGGACACCUGGACCCCGACACGCAGUACGAGAUAAGUGUGCUGCUGACCAGGCCUCUGGAGGGAGGCACCGGCGGUCCUGGACCAACCCUCCGAGCCAGGACCAAGUGUGCAGAUCCGAUGCACGGCCCCCGGCGUCUGGAGGUUGGGGACAUUCAGUCCAAACAGCUGACGCUCCGAUGGGAACCGUUCGGUUACAACGUGACCCGCUGCCACAGCUACAACCUGACGGUGCUGUACCACUACGGACCAGCAGGGACCGCCAGCAGCGAGUCAGUGAAGGAGGAGGUGGUGUACGACACCCUGAGCUCCGUCCCGCAGCACAUUGUACGAAGCGUCCCUCCCUUUACCAACAUCAGCCUGAGACUCGUCCUCAGCAACCCAGAGGGACGCAAGGAGAGCGAGGAGCUGCUGGUGCUGACGGACGAGGACGUGCCUGGAGCCGUCCCGCUGGACUCCGUCCUCGGCAGCAGCUACGAGCAGCAGAUCAGUCUCAGCUGGAGAGAACCACUGCAGACCUUCGGCCUCAUCCGGCAGUAUGAGGUCUCCUACAAUGCCUUGAGCUCCUUCGACACAGAGUUUGACUUGUCCAAUCAGAGCGGCAUGGUGUUCAAACCGGCCAAUGAUACGAGCCACGUGUUCAGUGGGCUCUACCCAGGCUCCACCUACUCCUUCAAAAUAAGAGCUUCCACCGUCAAAGGCUUCGGGCCUCCGGUCAGCACUCAGUUCACUACAAAGAUCUCAGCUCCUCUGAUGCCGGCCUAUGAUCACGAGUCUCCUCUGAAUCAAACCGACUCCUCCGUGACAAUUCUACUGAAACCGGCUCAGAGCAGAGGAGCUCCUGUCAGUAAGUAUCAGGUGGUGGUGGAGGAAGAGCGCCCCCGCAGGCAGCGCAGAGGAACGGCAGAGAUACUGCGCUGCUAUCCGGUUCCGAUCCACUUCCAGAACGCAACGCUUCUCAACUCUCAGUAUUACUUCAGUGCAGAACUGCUGAGGAGCGAGCUGAGGGCCCCCAUGAGCUUCAGUGUGGGUGAUAACAGGACCUACAGCGGUUACUGGAAUGCUCCGUUACUACCUCAUAAGAGUUAUGGUAUCUACUACCAGGCCGUCAGCACUGCUAACGGGGAGACAAAGAUUGACUGUGUGCGAGUGGCCACCAAAGCUGCCAUUAUCGUCACCCAGCUCACCACGCCGUACAUUCGCAUCGCCCCCGCCGCCGGAGACAAGCAGCUCCCAGGAGCAGCCACCAGGAGGCCUGAGCCGGAGCAGGAGAAGCAGUCGGACCACACGGUGAAGAUUGCCGGGGCCAUCGCUGGUGUCCUUCUCUUUAUCAUCAUCUUCCUCGGGGUUGUUCUGCUGAUGAAGAAACGGAAGUUGGCAAAGAAGAGGAAGGAAACGCUGAGCUCCAGACAGGAAAUGACGCUGAUGGUCAACAACUCCCAACACACAGCGAUGGUGGACACACACACGCACACACUUAGCGGAUGCACUGUGUCUUCUCCAUCUUCCUUCACCCUUAAAACAAACACCAUCAGCACCACCGUCCCCAACUCCUACUACCCAGAUCCCUUCGUACCGACGGCCAUUCUAGUGCCCAUUAAUGACGACAGUCACACUAUGACCAGUGAAACCAGCAGCCUGGUCCAGUCCCACUACAAGCAGCGGGAGACGGAGCGGGAGGCGCUGCCCUACCAGACGGGACAGCUGCACCCGGCCAUCCGAGUGGCCGACUUACUGCAGCACAUCACCCAGAUGAAAUGUGCUGAAGGUUACGGCUUCAAGGAGGAGUAUGAGAGCUUCUUUGAGGGACAGUCCGCUCCGUGGGACUCGGCCAAAAAGGAUGAAAACCGCAUGAAGAAUCGCUAUGGAAACAUCAUCGCCUACGACCACUCUCGUGUGCGUCUGCAGCCUCAGGACGGAGAUGGCGGCUCUGACUACAUCAACGCCAACUACGUGGACGGCUACCACAGACCAAACCACUACAUCGCUACUCAAGGUCCCAUGCAGGAGACUGCUUAUGAUUUCUGGCGGAUGGUUUGGCAAGAGAACACCGCUGCCAUCGUCAUGGUAACCAACCUGGUGGAGGUGGGGCGGGUGAAGUGCUGUAAGUACUGGCCGGACGACACUGAGAUCUACGGAGACAUGAAAGUGACGCUGAUCGAGACUCAGCUGCUCUCGGAGUACGUGAUCCGAACCUUCGCUGUGGAGAAGAGGGGCGUGGCAGAGAUCAGGGAGAUCCGUCAGUUCCACUUCACCGGUUGGCCCGAUCACGGCGUCCCGCUCCACGCCACCGGCCUGCUGGGCUUCAUCCGCCGCGUCAAAGCCAAAACGCCCACAAGCGCCGGACCCACCGUGGUCCACUGCAGUGCGGGGGCUGGACGUACAGGCUGCUUCAUGGUCAUCGACAUCAUGCUGGACAUGGCGGAGCGAGAAGGAGUCGUCGACAUCUACAACUGUGUCCGAGAGCUGAGAGCACGACGGGUCAACAUGGUCCAAACCGAGGAGCAGUACGUCUUCAUCCACGAUGCCAUCUUGGAGGCGUGUCUUUGCGGUGACACAGCUAUUCCGGCCAAUCAGCUGCGGUCAGUUUACUACGAGAUGAACCGAUUGGAUCCUCAGACCAACUCCAGUCAGAUCAAAGAGGAGUUUAGGACUCUGAACAUGGUGACUCCCACCCUGCGCGUGGAGGACUGCAGCAUCGCGCUGCUUCCUCGGAACCACGAGAAGAACCGCUGCAUGGACGUGUUGCCUCCGGACCGCUGCCUGCCGUUCCUCAUCACCAUCGACGGAGAGAGCUCCAACUACAUCAACGCGGCUCUGAUGGACAGCUACAAGCAGCCGUCUGCGUUCAUCGUUACCCAGCAUCCUUUGCCAAAUACAGUGAAGGACUUCUGGCGUCUGGUCCUCGACUACCACUGUACGUCCAUCGUCAUGCUGAACGACGUCGACCCGGCACAGUUGUGCCCCCAGUACUGGCCUGAGAACGGCCUCCAUCGGCUCGGCUCCCUGCAGGUGGAGUUUGUCUCUGCAGACCUGGAGGAGGACGUCAUCAGCCGCAUCUUCAGGAUCUACAACACGGCCAGGCCACAGGACGGGUACCGCAUGGUGCAGCAGUUCCAGUUCCUUGGCUGGCCGAUGUACCGCGACACGCCGGUAUCCAAGCGCUCCUUCCUGAAGCUGGUCCACCAGGUGGAGAAGUGGCAGGAGGACUACGACGGGGGGGAAGGCCGCACAGUGGUGCACUGCCUAAAUGGAGGAGGUCGCAGUGGUGUCUUUUGCAGCAUCAGCAUCGUUUGUGAGAUGUUGAGACAACAAAGAUGCGUCGAUGUUUUUCACGCUGUGAAAACUCUGAGAAACAACAAACCGAACAUGGUGGACCUGCUGGAACAACAUAAGUUUUGUUAUGAAGUGGCUCUUGAGUAUCUCAACUCCGCUUAGCUCCCUCAUCGUCAUCACCAUCAUCAUCAGGAGGAGGAGGAGGAGGAAAACUACUGACUGCAGGGGAAGAGGAGGAAGAGGAGGACCUUGUUCUUGCACUGCCUUCUUUAACUGGACUUUGUUUACUCCCCAUGAAUCACUUAACUUUCAUUUUUUGUCAAAAUGAAAGUAAAAGAACCAAAACAACGGCAGACUCACCUGUCACCUGGUUUCUGAUUCCUACAUCUGGAGCAUCUGCUGCAGGACCUAACUGAAGUCACCUGUCCACCAGAAGACUCUUCUGGGACAUGUUUAUAAUAUUCAUCACAUUCAUUGUGUUCAUCAACUUAAUGCUCUUUGACUAAUAAUUAAAAUACGAUGAUCCCGAAGUGCACGGCACACACCAAAGAAACGCUACGGUGAACAAGGGGAAGGUAUCGGCAUUAUGGGAAAAGAUAUCAUGACUAUGUGAAAGACUUUAGGAUUAUGAGGAAAAAUAUUGUGAUAAUGAGGACAGAUUUACAUAUUAUGAGAUUUAGUAACUGCAAGAAAAGAUUUUGUGAUUACGAAAGAGAUUUAUUAACCACAAAACAAAAUGUAGGUCUUGUGGGGACUAUUUACAAAAUAACAUCCUGUCAGCUCACAGGACUCCUUAAUAUGCUAAAAAAUAAACAUUGGUCCUUUAAGUCGUUUAAAUGGAUGCACAUUCAAACUUACUCUGUGUCAAAGGAUCAGAAGAACAACCUCGAGUUGAGAUGAAUUCAUCAAAUGUGUUUUUUCUCAUUAAGAACCGUUACGAUUUGUAAACCUUAAGAUCUUUGCUGCAGAGGGUAACCAUAGCGACUGCAUCGUCCCCGGGUCUGGUCCCCCUCAGGUUGUCCAUCCUGUUUGUUUGCUCCAGGGCAGCCGGGCGAUGCUGGUUGCUGGUUUGGUUUUGGACGAACGUGGGGGCGAGUUGUUAAUAAUUUACAGAGAGCAGGAAGAAGAAUAUUUAUUCCUUUGGUUGUUUUAGUGUUGAUGUUGUUGUCAUUGUUCUUGUGAAGCACAGAGGGAGACAAUCAUGUUAUAAAAUGUUAAUGUUCCACCAUCAGAACCACUUACACCAGAAAACAACCUAACCAUGCUUACAUAUGGCUCUGAGAUGGUGUGACCCUGGUUACAUAUGGCUCUGAGAUGGUGUGACCCUGGUUACAUAUGGCUCUGAGAUGGUGUGACCCUGGUUACAUAUGGCUCUGAGAUGGUGUGACCCUGGUUACAUAUGGCUCUGAGAUGGUGUGACCCUGGUUACAUAUGGCUCUGAGAUGGUGUGACCCUGGUUACAUAUGGCUCUGAGAUGGUGUGACCCUGGUUACAUAUGGCUCUGAGAUGGUGUGACCCUGGUUACAUAUGGCUCUGAGAUGGUGUGACCCUGGUUACAUAUGGCUCUGGCACAGACAAGAACUAUUGUAAUGAAAGCUUUUAUUUAUGUUGUAUGAUUCCAAAAUACUGAAAAUAAAAAUGUGUAUACAC